UAUAGUUAUCCCAAUUGUGUUUUCCUCAGCAUUGAAAAACAAAAGACUCUAGGGUAUCGCAUUCAUGAUUUGCUGCCCUAUAACAGUUAUGGUCGUAAAAACAUCGGCUACCUGUAUGCCAUCCAACAUGGAGCAAAAAUAAUUUAUGAAACAGAUGAUGACAACUCACCAGCAAGAGGAGAUAUUGCUUUCCACCAUCAGCUGGAAACCGGUGAUUUCUAUGUGUACAAAACGGAUUCUACGGUAGUAAAUCCAUAUGAACACUUUGGACAGACUACUAUUUGGCCUAGAGGGUACCCAUUAGAACGCAUUGCUGAUCGCUCAUCACACAACUUCCUCAAAUGCAGAGGGGCGGACACAUCCAUACAACAGGGUGUAGUAAAUGGUGACCCGGAUGUGGACGCCAUAUUUCGUUUAACAAGAAAAGACAAAGGUGUAGACUUGAAAGUAGAGUUUGAUGCUGACGCACCUCCUGUUGUUCUUCCUCCAAACACGAUGGCUCCAUUUAACUCACAAAACACGCUGUUCUUUAACAAAGCCUUAUGGGGCAUGUUGCUGCCAAUCACCGUGUCAUUUCGAGUAUGUGAUAUCUGGCGUGGUUACUGGGCACAGCGGUUGCUAUGGGAUGUUGGAUCGCAGCUGUCGUUUUUCCCGCCAAACGCUGUUCAGUUUCGAAAUGCUCACAAUUAUCUUGAUGAUUUCAUCGAAGAGAAACUGCUCUACCAUGAUGCUGGGCGCUUGGUAGAAUUUCUGGUAAAAUGGAGAUCUGACGAAAACGAUUUCUUCAGCAGAGUUCUAGAUCUGAGCAUAGCAAUGGUUCAAGAGGGCUUUUGGAAGACUGAUGACGCCUUCUUGACAGAAGCUUGGCUCGCUGAUCUGAUUAGCGUUGGGUAUGAAAUGCCAAUUUUAAAAAAUUCUCAUAAGCCAUGUCAAGAAAUUAUAGGCGAGAUUGAGCUUCCACCGAAAGAACAACCGUCCUCGUAUUUACGAGAGGGUGAUGAUCUGAAACUUUUAUAA